AUUGACAUACGCUGGCACUGCUUUAGCCUCGUGCACGCCGAUGGCUCUUCACUGUCGGCGCGCCGCAGCGGCACUCAACAAUCGUAGACGCUUCGAUGGUGGAAGCUCAUCCUGCAACGCUGCGGAUGCAGUUGCCAAACCCCAGUUUCGCGCCCUGCCGGCCCUGAAACCUCGUGUCAUGGUGGCCGCUGCACCCGGGUCAUCGCCUGUGCCGGCCACGCCCGCUGGACUCAGCAGCCCAGCUGCAGCGCCUCCACAGCCCCUGCAGCCGCAGCCGGCCGCAGACACCGCCGCAACCCCAAACGCCGGGACCAAGACCGGGGCCGGCGCCGCCGCAGCCGCGGCCACGGGCACCCGGGAGGCGGCACCGGCGGCACUAGUCAGUGAGGUAGAGCCGGGCGUGUACGGCCUGCCUGGUGUGACCAGACCAGAUGACCUGGUGGACACAGCCGCACGUCUGGUGCUAGUGUGCGGCGAGCUGCAGGCGCAGGCGGCGCGAGAGAGCCGAGGCGAGCGGCUGGCGCUGCUGGCGCGGCGGCACCACGAGGCGGCGGCCUGGCUGCGUGCGCCCGCCGCGCACUGCGCCCAGCACCACACACAGCCCGCCUGGCGGGAGGCGGCCGGACGAGUGGAGAGGGCGCUGCAGGCAGUGGAGGACGAGCUGUGCCGCCUGCUGGCCGCCCACCCACACUGGCCGCCGCAGCCGCCGCAGCCGCCGCAGCCGCCGCAGCCGCCGCAGCCGCCCGUGUCCCCAGGCCCCGACACGACCGCGCAGCCCGCCGCCGCAGCAGCACCUGCACCCGCGGGUGCCGCCGCAGCAGCGCCGUCGCCCGCCGCAUCCGCCACCCACCCUCCACCUGACCCCCAGCCUCACCCCCAGCCGCAGCCGCAGCCUCGCCCCCAGCCGCAGCCGCAGCUGCCCCGGCUGGUGUCGGAGGGCGUGGCCCGGGCCGCGGCUCUGAGUGCGGCUGACGAGGCGGACCGGGCGGGGCUGGAGGCGCUGGAGGCGGCGCUGCUGGCGGGGUGGCGGGAGGCGCUGGCAGACCCGGACCAGGCGCCGCCGCCGGUGCUGCUGCUGCACGACAGCGAGGUUCGCGGUGACCCGGUGUUGUCGCAGGCCGCCUCGCCGGCGACGGAGGCUGACGUGGCGGCGGCCCGGUCCCGAGCCGGAGUCACACUGCAGCUACUGCCGGGGGGGCAGGAGGGGCAGACCGCCGCCGCCGCCGCCGCCGCGGCAGCAGCAACGGCUGUAGCAGCAGCAGCAGCGACGCCGGGGCGGCCAGGCGGCGCGGACGGCGGCGGUGGUGUUGGCAGCGGCGGGGACGGGCCGUGUGUGCGGCUGGCGCCGCUGACUGUGGCCACACGCAAGGCACGCACGAGAGGCGGCCGGCUGUGGCGCGUGCCCCUGAGCGGCGGUCUGACCUCGCUACUGCUGGCGGAGCACCCCAGCGGCGCCGUGCGGCGGGCGGUGGUGGCGGCCACACUGGGGCCGCAGGCGGACGCGGCGCUGCAGCUGAUGGACGUGCUGCGGCGGGCGCGCGACGACCAGGCGCACUGCCUGGGGCAGCCCAGCUUCGCGCACCUGCGGGCCGCAGGCUCCGUGGCGGGCUCUCCUGAGGCUGCUCUGCAGUGGCUGGGCGAGCUGCUGGGCGCGGUGGCGCCGCUGGCGGAGGCCGAGGUGCAGCGGCUGCAGCGGCUGGCGGUGCGGCUGGAGGUGGCGGCGCGGGAGGAGGCGGGCGUGCUGGGGGGGCAGGGCAGGGCACCCAGGGGUCAGCGGCAACAGCAGGCGGCGGAUCAGGAGCAGCAGGAGGAGCAGGAGGAGCAGGAGGAGGAGGACCCGCUGGACCUGGUGGGAAGUCUGGACUUCCUCAGCCAGCUGGAUCGGGAGCCGCUGCCCAGUGCGGAGGAGUGGGCGGAGGAGUUGGCGCCGUAUUUCGAGCUGGAGGGCGUCCUGCAGGGCCUGGGCCGGCUGCUGGCGCCCACCCUGGGUCUGCAGCUGCGUCCCAGCGCCUGGCUGGGCCGCCACGAGGCCGCCUGGGCGCCGCCGCACCACCUCAUCAAGAUGGAGCUGCACGACACAGGCGGCGGCGGCAGUGCCUGGGGCCGCGGCAGUGCCUGGGGCGGCGGCGCAGGCGGCGGCGCCAGUGCCUGGGGCGGCGGCGCAGGGGGCGCAGAAAAGGAUUCCAGGGCAUCAGAAGCUUCUACAUUAGUAGCCAGUAGUAGCGGCAGCAGCAGCAGUGGUGCCAGCGGCCGCCGGUCGUUUCGGCGCAGUGCCGCGCCGGCGGCGCCGCAGGGGGAGGGCGCCGGACCGGAGGGGCGCGCCGGUGGCGGGGGCGGCGCGGCGGCGGCGAGCAGCAGCAGCAGCCUGGUGGGGGUGCUGUACGUAUGCGUUGAUGCCGAGUGUGGCAUGCCGUUUACGGCCCUGGUCAGGCACGGUUACGUGAGCGGCGCCCCGACCGCGCCCUGGCUGCACCCGCAGCUGCCCGCACCCCUUCCUGCCGCCUCCACCUCCUCCGCAGCACCCUCCUCCUCCUCCUCCUCCACCGCCUCCUCCUCCGCUGCCUCCUCGGGCGCCUGUGUGCCGCACGUGGCGAUACACCUGCCCGCACACCAGCUGGUACUCUGCGCCGCCGACACCGCCGCCGCCACCGCCGCUUCUCCUCCUCCUUCUGCUGCUCCUCCUCCGCUUGGUUCGGCGGCGGCGCCAACGCCGGGGAGCGGCGGGUCGGCUCCGCCGCGGCGGCACUGCUACUGGCUGCUGGAAGACCCGCGCCUGCUGCGCAGCCUGGCGCACGAGCUGGGACACGCCCUGCACUACCUGCUGUCUGCGGCGGCGCCGGCGGCGCCGGCGGCGCCGGCGGCGCCAGCGGCGGGAGGCGGAGGCGCAGCGGCGCCGCAGUCCGGCAGCGCCGGGAGUGUCAAUGCCAGCCAGCCGCCGCUACAGCCACCACAGCUGCUACAGCCGCCGCUGCCCGAGGCGUGCGCCUGCUACAGCUCCGUGGACCACGUGGAGCUGGCCUCCCACGUGACGGAGCGCUGGGCGGCGGAACCGGCCGUGCUGGCGGAGCUGGCCAGACACGUGGACACCGGCGCGCGCCUGCGCCCCCGUGACGUGGCACCGCUGGCCGCCGCCCUGGGCCGCCAGCGCUCCUGGCUGGAGCUGCAGCAGCACGUGCUGCUGGCGGCCGCCGACCUGGCGCUGCAUCUCAAUGGCGCCCAGCUGCACCUGCACAGCCUGAGGCUGCGGCCCGACCCACAGCAGGGGGAGGCGGAGGAGCAGCAGGAGGAGGCGGAGGCCCGGCUGGGGGAGGAGGCGGCGGCCCGGCAGGGGGAGGAAGGGAGACAGGGGAAGGAGGGGAGGCAGGGGAAGGAGGGGAGGCAGGGGAGUGGCGGUGAUGGCGACGGCGAGUGGGUGCGGCUGGGUCCGGGCACGCCGGCGCGGGCGCUGGUGUCGGCUCUGUGGGGCGCGCACAGCUCGCUGCCGGGCGGGCGGCUGGUGCUGAGUCAGCAGCUGAUGGGGCUGCUGCCGGGGCUGCUGCACAACGCCGCAGCCAUGUACGCCUACCCCAUGGCGCAGAUGGUGUCGGCUGCGGUGUGGGAGCGCCACUUCUCGGAUGGGCUGGAGUCCCCGCGUGCGGCCCGCGGCGGCCGCCUGCUGCGGCGGGUGCUGCUGCAGUGCGGCGAGGCCGGCAGCGCGGCGGCGGCGCUGGAGGCGCUGUUGGGGCCGGGCAGCGUGCGGCGAGUGGCGGCGGGUGGUGGUGACGGCGGCGUCGAGGGGCAGGAGGGGUGUGGGGGUGGCGUGGUGCCCGACCUGGCGCACGAGUCGUUUCAGGACAUCGACCCGCUUGUGUUCUGAUCACUGGGCGCCCCUGGUUCGGAGUGAAUGAAGGCGUGAGGCGCGCCGCAGUCCGUGUGGUUGCAGAUGAGCCCCCCUGCCUGCAACACUGCUUGAGUUGUGGCAGUGCAGUGUGCGAUGGGACAGUUGUAAGGCAGGUUGGUGAAGUCCCGUAGGGUGCAGCUGAUUCCCAAACCCCAGCAGAUGGCAAACAAUUUGCAACGGCAUGGCAGGAGUGCGCGGCUGGUCGAACGCCGGAUGUACUGUACCGACGAGUUGCUGGCUGGCUGGAAGUUUGCUGAUGCACAUUCCUCACGCUCACGCAGGUGGUCAAUGGAGCGAGUAGCGAACCCGGGGAGGGACCACCCCAUACACCUGCCCAUUGGCUCCGGGCGCCCGGCCAGGCGAUAGCACCACACAGACACACCGCAACGCCACACUCGCGAUGCAGAGCCGCAGCGCACCUGCAGGAAGAUGACGAAGAUGGUUCUGAGUGGAUGAAUGCGUUAGGCGCGCCGCAGUCUUGUGGUUGCAGAUGAGGCCGCCUGCCUAUACCGUAACACUGCUUGAGUUGUGGCAGUGCGGCCUUUCAAUGUCACGUGGGCACGUGCCACGCAUCGUGCCUGUCGUGUCUGGUGAUCUAUUGUGCCUGUGCUGCGGCGGCAGACGCCAAUAAUGACACCAU